AUGGCGCAGGCUGAGCCGCCCACGUGCAUGCCCAUCUGCACGUAUUACGCCAUUCUCUUCCCCAACGACAACAUCAGCUUGCCAAGAGAUCACAUACUGCUCGACAACGUCAGCAGCAGCAGCAGAUCACAUACUGAUCAGGAGCACCACCACCAUCACCGGCAACACACAAUGUCCACGCCCAUCACGUUCUACGACAUCGCCCUGCGCCCGCCGGCGGCGAAGAACUGCUGCUCGCCGAACCCCUGGAAGACGCGAUUCGCGCUCAACUUCAAGGCGCUGGCGCACACGACCAAGUGGGUGGCGCUACCCGACAUUGUCGACCUGCGGACGACGCUCAAGGUGGCGCCGACACGCAAGUUCGCCGACGGCAGCGACUUCUUCACGCUGCCCAUCAUCGAGGACGCGUCGACGGGCACGACGCUCGGCGACUCGCUCGACAUAGCCGUCUACCUGCAGCAGACGUACCCUUCAGCAGGCGAGGGCGACCUCUUCCCCGAGCAGCCGCUCGACUACACCUUCGACCCGGCCGAAGGCCUGCUCGUGCCGCUGUCGGCCGUGCGCGACAGCCCGUGCCCGGCGUACGCGACGUUCAACGUCCACGUCGACGGCGCCUUCACGGCGUACACGCAGCUCACGACGGUCGGGUUCCCGUUUGACCCGGCCAACGAGGCGGCGACCAAGGCCAUCUUUGUCGACCGCGCGCGGCCGUACAUGACGUCGUGGGAGGAUUUCGCGCUGCGCGGCGACGACAGGGUGCGCAUGCUCGCGUCGUUCGAGGCGACGCUCGCCCCGCUGGCGGUGCUCUACGGGCGCGACGCGGGCGGGCCGUUUCUGCUGGGGGCGCGCGCGAGCUACGCUGACUUUAUCGUCGGCGCCUGGCUGCGCAUGUUCGACGUGACGCUGCCGGCAGAGGAGUGGCAGCAGGUGCGGGCGUGGCAUGGCGGCAUCUUUGGGCGGUUGCACGACGGGCUGCAGGCGUACGCCGAGGUGAAAUAG